AUGUCUAACCUUACAAGCAAAACAACAGAAGACGAGAAUGAUAACUCUGUCGUCGAGUACCAGCUGGAGCCAGUCUUGCCUGAUAGCGAGCGCUAUGGCAGGAGCACCUAUCUUGCCACUGGCGAACAUAAGGAACCAGAGGGUGCAGACUCCACCAUGAGGCUGCUUGGUGUCGAGCAAGCUAAAGAGUCUGGCACUGUAGUGCCAGGCGGCAAGCUAGCCGAGCAAGCCGAGCAGCGCAUUGCUAAACUACCAGCACACGAGACGAUAUUCUCUGGCGUCGUGUUCCACAUCAACGGAUACACGCAGCCGUCACAUUACGAAUUGAAGCGACUGCUGAUUGAACGCGGCGGCCAGUUUCUCCACUAUCUAUCCAAGACGAAGGUAACGCAUAUUAUUGCAUCGAGUCUGACGCUGACCAAGGAAAAGGAGUUUAGACACUAUAAGGUGGUUCGACCAGAGUGGGUUGUUGACAGCGUGCGUGUUGGAAAGCAGUUGUCGUGGCACAAAUACAAGCUUAUCGGCCAAGGCAAUACUGGUGUCAGUAUAAAAGCAGUCAAUGACCCCCUGUCGCAGUUGGCUGCCCAGCGGCCGACGCAAGACCCAGGACCAUCCGAUCUCGGACUGCUGGCAAGGCCAGCGCCUGUGAUCGACAGAUUCAAUGAAGGGCUCAAUCGGAGCUGGGUGCGAAAGAACUUGGCAUCUGACAAGGACUUUAUCAAGCGGUAUUACGAGAACUCUCGCCUGCACCACAUGUCAGCAUGGCGGGCCGAGAUGAAGGAUUAUGUUGCACAGCUGCGGUCCAAGUAUAAGAAGGGCACGGGUGCAGACAAGGUGGGUCGGAGUCAGCGCAUUAUUAUGCAUGUCGAUUUUGACUGCUUCUUCGUCACAGCGAGUCUGCUGUCACAUCCUUAUCUGAAAGACAAGCCUGUUGUCGUUUGUCAUUCAAAGCAGCUGCAGCCAUCAGACAGCAACCAGAUCGAUGAGGAUAGUUUACAGGGCAUGGGCCAUCCAGGGAGUACCAGCCAAAUUGCAUCGUGCAACUACGUCGCUCGGUCGUUUGGGGUCCGCAACGGCAUGUUCCUGGGACCGGCGCGUGAGAGGUGCCCAGGGCUGAUGACAGUGCCGUACUACUUUGACACGUACAAGCGUGUAUCGCGGAAAUUCUACGAGGAGCUCACACAAAUUGCCGACGAGAUCCAGGCAGCCAGCAUCGACGAGGCUCUUCUUGACGUCACCGAGGUUGUGUAUCGUGACUUUGACGGCAAGCCAGAGCGUUUAGCACAGCAUAUCCGCCAGAUCCUCCUCGAGCAGACGCAGUGCACUGCCAGUAUCGGAAUCGGGUCCAGUAUCCUCCUGGCACGGGUGGCUACAAAUAAAGCAAAGCCAGACGGGGUCUUUGCCAUCUCUGCAGAGCAAUUUGAAGACAUUGACUUGAGGGUGCGUGAUCUGCCAGGUGUUGGUUAUACACUUGAGCAAGAUCUUGCACAGCACAACAUCACAUCAGUCAAGGAUAUCCGUAAAACAGCUCUGGCAGAGCUUCAGGCCAUCUGUGGCGAAAAGACAGGCCAAACACUAUACAAUCACAGCCGCGGAAUCGACGACCGAGUGCUGGAGUCAGACAAGCUGCGCCAGGUGUUUGGGGCAGACGUUGGCUGGGGACUGUAUGCGUUUGACCUGCUGCAGCAGCUUAAAAUCGACCCUCUAGAUAUUCGGUCGGUUGGGAUCCAGGUGUCAAAGCUCAACUCGAUGGAUGUAGCAGGCGACAUUGGCGAUCUGUUGACAAAACCCGCAGCUGACACAUCGAAGCCCAGCGGUGCCAUUCCUGUCAUCGAGCUGCCGUCGGCGUCACAGUUGGACUCCAGCGUUUUUAAUGAGUUGCCAGAGUCGAUUCGCCAGGAGCUACAGGCGGUAUACCAGCAGAUCGACCCCAGCAUAAACAUUGUCCAAGGAAAAGGUGCGCUAAAGACCAGGGCCACUCCAACGUCCAGCGGCUCUUCAUCUGCCACGCGCAAGCCCGGGCGGAAGGCGAGCGGGAGUUCAGGGUACAGUGGUCGAGGCCGCCCACGCAAGCUAGUGUUCCCGCCAAAUUCCGGUAGCAAAGGUGGCCAGAGCCUGAUGCAAGCAUUCCGAAAGGCCGAGGUGCUGGAUCCGGUAAUGCCAUCGCAGAUGGACAGAAGUGUGUGGGAAGAGCUGCCAAUGAAUAUCCGCCGAGAGCUUGCACGCGAGCACACUAAGACCACGCCAACACCAACCACGCCAACACUAGCCAGAAACGAAGAGGACACGGCAAGUGUUGGCGUGGCAAAGGAUGAGGGUAGCACGCAUGCAGUCCCAGUACUGUUCAAUGCAAGCAGCCUGGACGACGUGCUUGAUCUUGUCCGGCAGUGGGUCGAUGCAUACUCGCAUGGCCCUCUCGACGAGGAUGUUGACGAAUUCAGCAAUUACGCUGCGUCUUUGGUCAAGUUCCAUGACUUGUCCGCCUCAGAACGCAUGCUCAAGCACCUGAAGUACUGGGCAAGCAGCAAGGGCAAGGGCUGGCAGCAUGCUUGUGUGUAG